AUGGGCUCCUUUCACAACAACCAACUGAAGAUGGUCGGCUUGUUCGAUUCUGAUGAGACAUACUAUUCCCCGGGCCAAGCGCCGAUGGUCCCAUGGCCCUCCCAGAGCAACUCUAGCCAUUUCGAUGACGCUGGCGUUGGGUACUUCCACAACCAUGAGUCUACGCCGCAGGUCAAACAUGGCUUCGCGAGCCGUUCGUUCCAGCCAGACCACUUCAUUGCUGACUCUGUCGGUAGCCAGUACCAGAAGCAAGAUGAUGGUGUUCGGGCACAGAGCGAGGAUCGCGUUUCCCAAGUGAGUUACACCCCUGGGAAGGACAGCGAGGACUGGGAGAGUGCUUGCGAGGACCGCCUACCUUCCAAGACUACAAAGAUCAACAAAGAUGGUGCACCUCGCAAGCCUCGUCAGCCUCGCCCCAAGCUUCUCAAGUGGACCGACAAUGACUGGAAGAAUGCUGUUCUUGGCAUUGUCUGGUCAUGCGGCGAGAAGGGCAUUCAGAUCCCAUUCGAGCAAGCUGCUCAGGUUGUUGGCAAAAACUGCACCGCCAGCGCGCUUCAACAGGCUGUGUUGAAGUUGCGUGGCAAGCAGGUUGCUGACGGCAAUCGUAUCCCCACAUUGAAGAUGGCCUGGACACGCAAGAAUAGAAGUGGAAGUUCUCCAACGCCCAUUGCUAAUACGCAGUCUACGCAGGUCCAGUCUCCAAUCAAGACCCAUCCAUGCAAGCGCGCCGACUCUCUUAUCGUGAAGCUCAAGAUCGCGCGUCGCGGCGUCGACAGUAUGCGUCUUGAGACUGCCAAGCAGCCAGAGAUCAAGCUUCCUUCGGACAUGUUCCCCUGUGCUCAGCACACCACUGUUCAGCAGUCUUCCCGCCAAGCCCAUCUACAUUCUACGCAACAGCCCCAGGAGGUGGCUUCCAAGGUCGAACACUACAACGCGAACGACGGCAUCAACAUGAAUUAUUCAUAUGCUCCUCCCUACGCCAAUCCUGAAAGCCAGGUUCAGAUGGGCCAUGAUGCUGGAAAUCAGGCAUAUAUGGGCUUCGGCUUCGGUACAUCAUCUCUUCCGAACAUUACUGAGGAGUCUGCCGAAUCGGUACAGCAACGCAAGCUCUACAACCGCAACCAUAUCGUUUUUGACGAUCUCUUGAUUGACCAAGACGACUUCAUCAUGGGUACUACUGACCAGCUGCGUUCAUUUGAGGGCAUUGUCACUCCAGAGAACAACCCCUUUGAGAGUGGUUUUCUCACCGAUAUGCCGAACCAGGCAACCCAGGUCUAUGGAAAUCCCUAUGGAGGCAACGCCGAGUACAGCCAGGAGUCCAACCCAGUUGAUCAUCGCCAGCUGGGCUCUGUCAACCUCUCCGAGUUUACUGACUAUGCCGCUUAUUCUGCGGGUGACAACAACCAGGAGCCACUUGGUGACAUCUUCAAGGCCGAAGCUCCUGAGCUGCACCCAUACAGCCCCCGCUACUUCGACUGA